CCUUCUUCAAAGCAGAUGUUUAUCUAAGUUCAAAAAGACAUUUUUUAUCACUUCACGUAGUGAUGGUCUUGUUCUGAGAGAUUAAUUCUUCUUCAUUCUUAUGACUGCCUGGCAAACCCAAACAUUCCAGAAAUCAGCUUAAUUUCUUCCCAGGAGGAAAGUCCCUUUGAGAAUCCAGAUGCAAAGCAGAGGCUGGUUGGUGGAUAGAGAGCCAAGGCACACGGCGGUGGAUGAUCUUAGCAGGCCGCAUCCAAGAUGUCCAGUCCCCUGGAGCAGGCGCUGGCUGUGAUGGUCACCACCUUCCACAAGUACUCUGGCCAAGAGGGUGACAAGUUCAAGCUGAGUAAGGGGGAGAUGAAGGCCCUUCUGCACAAGGAGCUGCCCAGCUUUGUUGGGGAGAAGGUGGAUGAGGAGGGCCUGAAGAAGCUGAUGGGCGAUCUGGAUGAGAACAGUGACCAGCAGGUGGACUUCCAGGAGUAUGCUGUUUUUCUGGCCCUUGUCACUAUCAUGUGCAAUGAGUUCUUCCAGGACCCCCCAGACCGGCCCUGAAGCAGAGCUCUUGCUCUGCUAUGGCCUCCUGGACUCACGAGGACUCUAGCUACCCUUUUUGUACUCAAUAAACUUAUCUGUUGAUCAUAUUUGAAUCGCUCAGUGAUGCCCCAUACCCUGGCUGGCUCAGUUGGGGUGCUGGAAAAUGAGAGCCUCCUUAGAUCCUACCCCCUCUAGGCUCUGACUCUUCUGGAAAUCUCCCCAAGGCCAGAGCUGUGCCUUAAGUCCCAGACUUUGGGAUUUCAAGUACCAGUAAAAAUUUGAGAUAGUUUGCUAACAUUUUUUUCCCAAUAAAGAUAUUAAAAAAGGCAAA